AUGGGGGAGCCAGCGCAGCAGCAGCAGCAGCAGCAGCAGCAGCAGCAACAGCAGCAGCAGCAGCAGCAAUGCGGGGAGCUGCAGCAAAUGGUUGCCUCUCGUCCACACUGGGCGCAUCAGCAGCAGCAGCAGCAGCAGCAGCAGCAGGAGCAGCAGCAGCAUAGCUUCCAGACCCACCAGCAUGUACAGCAGCAGCAGAACCAUCAGCAGCAGCAGCAGCAGCAGCAGCAGCAGCAGCAGCAGCAGCAGGCUUGUGGUCGGCUGCGGCAGCAGCAGCAGCAGCAGCAGCAGCAAGGUGCAUUAUCUUCUUUUGGUUCUUCUCUCCGAUGCUGUCUAUCUUUGGGGGCCCCCUGGGGGCCCCCCCAAGAAGGAGAAGAGGGGGGGGGCCCCCUCAGGGGCCUCCCCUACUUCAGCCCGCCCCCAGUUGUAUGGCAAUACUGCUGGACUCAGCAGCAGCAGCAGCAGCAGCAGCAGCGGCAGCAGCAGCUGCAGCAGCGGCUGCGGCAGCAGCAGCAGCAGCAGCAGCAGCAGCAGCAAGCUUUAGAACAGCAGCAGCAGCAGCAGCAGCUGCUGCUGCUGCUGCUGCUGCUAUUCUUUGUACUGUGCUGUCCCUCAGCAGCAGCAGCAGCAGCAGCAGCAGAAGCAGCAGCAGCAGCAGCAGAAGAAGAAACAGCAGCAGAAGGGCAAGCUAAUGACCCCGCUGACCCCUACCAAAAGCAGCAGCAGCAGCAGCAGCAGCAACAGCAGCAGCAGCAGCAGCAGUUGGGGGCCCCCAUCAGCAGGAGAGAAGCUCGCCAUUUUGCUGCUGGUUUAUCUGUACCCUCUUCCUUGCUGCCCUGGGUCGCUAAGGGUACAGUGUGGGGGGCCCCCCUCCACCCAGCAGAUUCGGGUGAGCUUAGUGCUGCAGCAGCAGCAGCAGCAGCAACAGCAGCAGCAACAGAAGCAGCAACAGAAAUAGCAGCAGCAGUAGCAGCAGCAACAGCAACAGCAGCAACACGAACAGCAGCAACACGAACAGCAGCAACAGCAACAGCAGCAGCAGCAGCAGCAGCAGAAACAGCAAUAGCAGACACAGCAACGCCGCAUGCAACACCAUCAUACAAACCACCCAGGGGCCCCCAGGGGGCCCCCCGGGGGCCCCCCAGGGGCCCCCCUUUGGGGCCCCCUCUAGCAGCAGCAGCUGUGUGUCUUCUGUGUGCUUUGCUGCAGCUGCAGUUUGCUGCUGCUGGCUGCCCUGUUGUUAACGACGACGAAGACAGCAGCAGCAGCAGCAGCAGCAGCAGCAGGAGCAACUGCAGCAGCAGCAGCAGCAGCAGCAGCAGAAAUAGCAACGUUCCAGAGGACCCGUAUGGAUACGAAUGUCCUGCAGCAGCAGCAGCAGCAGAAGCGCAGCAGCAGCAGCAGCAGCAACAGCAGCAGCAAGAGCAUCAGCAGCAGCAGGAUGAGGCAGCAGCAGCAGCAGCAGCAACAGCAGCAGCAGGACGCAUACGAAGGAGCCUUGAAAUACCCAGCUGCUGCGGAAGCUGCAGCAGCAAACACAGCAGCAGCAGCAGCAGCGACAACAGAAGUUUCUGCGUGCUCAAUACUGGAACACAUCAGCAGCAGCAACAGCAGCAACAGCAGCAGCAGCAGCAGCAGCAGCAGCAGCAGCAACUGCUGCAGCAGCAGCAGCAACAGCAGCAGCAGCAGCGAAUGCUGCACCAGCAGCAACAGCAGCCACAGCAGCAGCCGCUGCAGCAGCAGCAACAGCAGCCGCAGCAGCUGCAGCAGCAGCAACAGCAGACGCAGCAGCAGCUGCUGCAGCAGCUGCAGCAGCCGCAACAGCAGCCGCAGCAGCAGCUGCUGCAACAGCCGCAACAGCAGCUGCUGCAGCAGCAGCAACAGCAGCUGCUGCAGCAGCAAAUAUAUUUAUUGAUUGAAUAA